CCCCGGGCCCCCGGGCCGCCGCUUCACGGAGGAGCUUGCGGGAGAGUGCGAGCGGAGCAGGACCCUCGAGCUCAAAGGUGCUGAAGACCUGCGCCCACCCCACGCUUGGUGCUUCCCCUAUCCCCAGGCCUGGCUCCCGCUAGAGGUGUAAGGCCAUGGCCAGCUGUGGCUGCCUGGGGCUAGGGCUCUUCUGCUGGGCCCUGCUAGCCGUCCCUGUGGGCCCCCAGCUGGCCCCCCCAACCCCGGGUGUCACUCUCAACACUUUGAGCCCCCCACCUCAGAGCGAGGCCUCGAUGCUGUCGCUCAACCUGGGACUUAACUUCAAAUUCCACCUUCGGGGACCGGCUGCUGCCUGGGGGAGCCCUGUCACCGAAACCCAGCGACUACCUCCUGGACUGGGCCGGGAGCCAGAGGAGGAGGAGGUGGCCAGUGGGCUGAGGAUGGAUCCCCUUUGGGAACUGCUGGUGGGCUCUCUGGGGAGCUCUCCCCCUGAGUGGGGCUCUGCUGAAGGCAGCUCUAUGCCCUGGGCCUCCUCCCUGCCUUUGGCAUCCACAUCCCCGCUCUCUGGGCCCCAGGCCCGGCCCACAGCUCCCUCCCAGCCCCAGAUGGGCUCUGUGACCUGGGGCACUGCCCUGACAGCCACAGCACCUCCAUUCAGUGCACCCAGGCCCCACCAGAGUGAGCUGGAACUGAAGUUUGACAUGGCAGUGAGAGCCGGUGCCGCCCCCACGCUUGGGCACCGGACGUUGCCCCUGCUGCCUAGCCUACGGGCCAGUUUGGCAGAGAUUGCUGGGCGCCUGGGACCUUUUGGGUUCUUUGGCACAACUCUGUCACCCCUCCGGAACGUCUCAGGACCGAGCCUCCCAGGUGCAACAACACUCCCAAACUCUGCCUCUGGAGUUUCAGAAUCCCCAGGGUUCUUUGGCACCACGCUGUCCCCAUCCUCCCAUCCUCCAGAGAGGAAGCUGUCCAGGCUGAGCCUGCUGGAUCCAGCUGCCUCCCUGAGCUCUGCCACAGUUGCAACAGAGUCACCAGACCCCACCUCGGGCCCAGAUGACCCCUCUCCCACCGACCUCGACAACGCUUCUGCACAGCCAGAGUGUGGGCCGGAGCCCUGCGACCUGGGACAACCGCCCGAUCCUGACCCGGAGCUGCAGCCUCCAGCGGCGCCACCGCUGCCGCUCUUCUUCCUGAGCCUCGGGGCCGACUGGGCCGAGGCCAGGGCUCGCUGGGGGCUGGCCUGGGAGGCCCACGUGUACGGCGUGGGCGCGCUCUUCGGCCUGGUGGCUCUGCUGGCCCUGCUGGCUCUGGCCCUCUUGCCCUGGCGUUGCCCUCCCGGGGCGCCCUGCCUGGCGCUGCUCGACCUGCUGCUGUUCUCGGCUGGGGCCACGCGGGCCUUCCCGCUCUUCUACGACGCCUACGGGCACCGGGCCCGGCUGCCCGCGCUGGCCUGGCUGCUGCUGCAGGACCUCCCGCUGCCCUGCCUGGCCUCCGGCCUGGGGCUGGCCUGCCUCCUGAUGGCCCGGCCGCGUCCGCCGCGGUGCCCCGGCGGGCUGGCAGCGCUGCUGCUCCUGGGGCUGGGGCUGGCGGCCGCCGCCGCCCUGGGGAGCGCCGCGCACCGCCCGCUGCUGCCCCUGCGGCUCGCCGCCCGCGGUCUGCACGCCCUCCUGGCCGCCCUGCUCUCGGGGCUCCUGCUGGCUCUCUCCUGCUUGCGGGGCCGGCGGCGGAGGGCUGGGGCGCCCCUGGGGGGAUCCGGCUUCAAGGGCGCCACUCCGCUCCGUCAGGCGCGCAGCCCCUUCGCCCCGCGGGAGUCGUGGCGGCGCGCGGCGCGCACGGCCCCGGUGGCGGGCACCUUUGGGCUGCUGAGCGGAGCCUUGCAGGGCUAUGAGGUGCUGCACGCCCUGGGUUACGGCGGCCAGCCCGGCCUGGAGGGGCCCUGGCCCUGGUGGGCCUUCCAGCUGGGCCUGCGCCUUGGCGAGGUGGGUGUCGCCCUGCCCUUGGCCUUGCUGGGCCUCUACCCAGCGCUCUGCAGCCCGCGGGUGCCCCCGCGCUGCUGGGCCAAACUCUUCCGCCUGUCCCCGGGCCAUGCGGCGCCGCUGCUGCCCGGGAGCUGGGGCCCGGGGCUCCCUGCCAAGGAGCCCCUGGGCAGCACCCUGGUGCGCGGCGGCGAGGCGGAGCUGCUGCAGCUGUGCGCCCUGGCAGGCCCGGGCCCAGACCUCCUGCUGCAGGGAGGCGGCUGCCGGGGCUUGGAGGGCAGGGCUGCCCACCCGGCCUCUUCGCAUGCCUCGUCCCCCGGCAGCGACUGCACCGUGGACUUCCGGCCGCCCUCCCCGAUCAACCUGCGGCGCAGCAUAGAGGAGGCGCUCUGCAGUGAGGCCCUGCUGGCUCCAGGCCUCUUCCAGGGUCCCGCCUUCGGAGAGGCCCUGCCCGGGCUCGGCCUCUACCGCUCUGUCUCCGUGGGGCCCCAGGAGGGGUCGGCAAACAGCGGGAAGGCUGAGGAGGAGGCCCCCGCAUCCCCCACGUCCCCAGAGCCGCCCUCUCCCGGGGCCUGGCCCGUGGGCAGCAGUGCUUCGUCGGGCUCCCUGUACGGACUUUCCCGGGACAGCUCUUCCAUGCUGCUCUGCUCCAGCCCAGACAGACCUCCUCGCUGUCCGUUAGUCUGCGUCCUCAGCCCCCCACGGCCGGCCGCAAGCAGCCCCAGCCUCCCGGCCUCAGGCUCCUACCAGGCCCUGACCCCUCCAUCCCGCGACUCCCCGGAGCCUGCCCGCCAGCUGCGGGCCGAGGAGGCCUUGCUGCAGGAGCAAUUCCUGGACGCCUGCCGGCAGAUCGAUGAGCUGAGCAUGGGCAGUGACACCGUUGACCUGUGAAGGGGUGGGCCCUCGCCGCCCCUCCCUCCUGCGCUCCCUCCCGGUGCCACCCUGCCCGAGACCUGCACACUGUAAGCCUCCCCAGUCCCACCGACUCAGAAGCUCGCCUGCCUCCUCCCGCAUCCAGGGUCUCCUGGGUGGAGGAGGCCCGGUCAGCAGUUAGGCUCUGGUGAUUGGGGACUAGUGCCACCUUCUCUGGAGCCCUGGGCACGGAUGCCCCAAGCUGCAAUUCUGGGCUGGCAGGGGAUCCUACUGCCCUUGCCUCUCACCAGCAAUAAAGGUCCAAGGUGCUUCACUGCCCACUCUGGUGCUGAACAGGAGUGGUUGGUUUUUGGAGGCUGUACCUGCCUUGAGCACCACCCCUCGAGGCCUACCUAGGAGCUGUUGCCCAAGUUGGGUGGAAGGCGAGAGCGUUCAGAGUUAAUUUAUCAAUAAAAUAUUUUCAGAG